AUGACUCUGGGCUACCUGUCGAUGCAUCUGAGCUUCGUCUCCCUCUUCUUCUCUAUGAGGCGCUUGGGCUCGAAGUUUUGGCUCGCGGGUACGGUUCUUCUGACUGGCGCUUUCGCAUUCCUGUUUGGUCUCCUCGUUACGACUAAACUCGGUGUUCCCAUCAACGUGCUCCUCCUGUCGGAAGGACUCCCGUUCCUCGUUGUCACCAUUGGGUUCGAAAAGCCGAUUAUCCUUACUCGGGCUGUGCUCAAUGCUUCGGCUGACAACAAGCGCCGAGGUGGUGCUGGUCCUUCCAGCCAAUCGAGCCCGACCACUGCGAAGUCCAUCCAAGACUCGAUCCAGACCGCAAUCAGGGAACAGGGCUUUGAGAUCGUCCGGGAUUACUACAGCUCGAAGAGAAGUGCAGAGGAAUGUGAAGUAUUCCUGAAGGAAAAGCGGGCGCCCUAUUUGUCGGACGAGGAUCUGAUUGAGCUUUGCUUGCGAGGCAAGAUUCCAGGGUAUGCUUUGGAGAAGACCAUGGAAAAUGAAGACCUUAUGAGCCGCGUUGAUGCCUUCACGAGGGCAGUCAAGAUCAGAAGGGCUGUGGUAUCUAGGACCAAGGCUACGUCUGCCGUUACAAGCUCUUUGGAGGCCUCGAAACUCCCUUACAAGGACUACAACUAUACGUUGGUUCACGGUGCAUGCUGUGAGAACGUUAUUGGAUAUUUGCCUCUGCCCCUUGGAGUUGCUGGACCUCUUACUAUCGAUGGCCAAAGCUACUUUAUUCCCAUGGCUACCACUGAGGGUGUAUUGGUAGCAAGUGCCAGCCGUGGUGCCAAGGCUAUCAAUGCAGGUGGUGGUGCAGUGACUGUCCUCACCGGCGAUGGUAUGACUCGUGGUCCCUGUGUUGGUUUCCCUACCCUGGCACGCGCUGCCGCUGCAAAAGUUUGGAUUGACUCUGAGGAGGGUCAGAGUAUCAUGAAGGCCGCGUUCAACUCUACCAGCCGCUUUGCUCGUCUCCAGACUAUGAAAACCGCUCUUGCUGGUACAUACCUGUAUAUUCGUUUCAAGACAACGACCGGCGAUGCUAUGGGUAUGAACAUGAUCUCCAAGGGCGUUGAGAAGGCGCUUCAUGUGAUGUCUACAGAAUGUGGAUUUGAUGACAUGGCCACCAUCACCAUCUCUGGUAAUUUCUGUACAGACAAGAAGUCUGCUGCUCUUAACUGGAUCGAUGGACGUGGCAAGUCAGUUGUAGCAGAGGCCAUCAUUCCUGGUGAUGUUGUCAAGAGUGUGCUCAAGAGUAACGUUGACGCGCUGGUCGAAUUGAACACCAGCAAGAACUUGAUCGGAAGUGCAAUGGCUGGAAGCUUGGGUGGCUUCAACGCGCACGCAUCGAACAUUGUUACUGCCAUUUUCUUGGCAACUGGUCAGGACCCUGCGCAGAAUGUGGAAAGCAGUAGCUGCAUCACUACUAUGAGAAAUCUCAACGGUGACCUUCAGAUCUCCGUGUCAAUGCCCUCAAUCGAGGUCGGAACCAUUGGUGGUGGUACGAUUCUUGAAGGACAGUCCGCUAUGCUUGACCUACUCGGUGUGCGCGGUUCCCACCCCACCAACCCUGGCGACAACGCCCGUCAACUUGCACGGAUUGUUGCCGCCGCUACGCUUGCAGGCGAACUGAGCUUGUGCUCUGCACUUGCUGCCGGCCAUCUUGUCCGUGCGCACAUGGCGCACAAUCGCAGUAGCGCUCCUACACGGUCAUCAACUCCCGUCUCGGCCGCUGUUGGCGCUGCUCGGGGAUUGACUAUGACGAGUUCGAAAUGA